AGGAGAAGACAGAAUUUUCUUUAUAUUUGAGUCUCCUGCUCAAGUUGAGAAACAGCACAGCAAUAGUUGCUGCACAUCAGAAGUGGAAACACAGAGUUUGUGAACAGGGAAAAUGAAGUGUUUUUUCCAUUUUUGUGUUUUGUUUCUCUUUUUCAUGAUGAACCAUUUCAGUGGUGCUAGAUACAUUCCUGAAGGAGUUCCUUAUGAUGAGCCCCCUGCAGUUCCAUACUGGCCCUACUCCACAACUGAUUUUUGGAGAUACGUGGAGUACUUCCGCAGCAUUGGUGCCUAUAAUCACAUCAACGAAAUGGCUCGGGCAUUUUAUGCCCAUCAACACCUUGGAGACACCUUAGGCUAUGGGGUGCCAGAACUGCCAGAGUAGAGACAUUAUGCAUGGGCAGACAUAAUUUGGUCAACAAGGUUCAAGAGGUGCAACUGAUAUAUGCAGGCAUAAAGUCUAAAUGGUUUUAUUGUCAUAUAUGAAUAUGUCAUCAACUAUUUUAUCAAGUGUAUACAAAAUAUGUUAGUAAAUAUAUUAUUCUACUUAAGGAACUUCUCUACCACCAUAAUUAUGGUGGCAUAUGUAAAUCUGUACUUGUUGUCAGAUCAUUGUAGG